AUGUCUGCCCCAACAUACAUUCCAAAAGAAGCACUAGUGCUUGAUUUCAAGGACUUCAUCUGUCGUUGCCCGACACGAACUGAUGGUUUCAAGUCAGCCAUUGAUUCAGCCAUUGAAAAUUGCCCUGAUGAAAUGGGCCAAAAUAAGGUCGAGCACCUCGACACCUACCUCAGUUUCUGUGACGGCCUUCUCAGAUGGGUCCCAAGUGUCGAUAGUCUCGGCGAUGAGCUGCUCCGUAAGUAUUUAGUCUUCCACUGGGUUUUCGACCAGCCCACCGUUCUCCACUUCCAAACACCCAUUUCACCAGAGAACUCGAACAGUGACCUUUCCUGGCUCUCGUACUGGCUUGUUUGCUUUGCGCGCCAGCAGGGGAAAAUUCCUCGACACGCCCGAGUCGGCCGCAGCGGUCUAGACGUUCUACUUGAACCCAAACUGGUCGAGAUGAUGAAAGUCAUCGUCAUGCCUGCCGACCCUGGCUAUGAUGGAAAUUGGUAUAUCAAUGAACGUCGAGUCAACCUCAACCUUAGAGUCAAAAUAGUUCACCACAAGCGGCCUAUCAAGGAUUUGCUCCGGAUUUCGGAGUCGGACAAGACUUGGGAUGAGGGUCACUUCACACACUCGUUCCUUGGGCCUUCCGAUUACCCCAAGACGAAGGUAUUGGUCCGCGAGCAGAUUGCUUCUUCUGAAUGA